UAUAUCUAUACAUAUAUUUUAUUGUAAGGCCAAUCAAAUGACACAAGCGAAUAAUAGAAGCACCAGAAGACAGAUCACACGUAACAAAACACUUCAAGAACGUAGAGAAAUGAAGAGAAUGAUGAAAAAUGCUCCUAAUGGUGCUAAUUUCAACCCUAAAAAAAAGUCUUCUGGAAAAGUGAGCCCUAUCCAUUCUAUCAAUAUAUCUUCUUCAAUUGAAAAAAAGACAACGAUUGAAUCAGAUCCCAUUGUUAAAAAUAAUAAGAACGCGUCUAAAGAAGAUCCAUCAUCUAGUAUCCCUCUUGAAGAGGGGAAGGAAUUAUCAGCAAUAGGACCUAUUUCUAAAAGUAAUGAAAUAGAAGAAAAGAAGAAGAAUGAUUUACUGAUCGAUACAGAGGCUACUCUGAUUCAUAAGAAAGAAGAGGAUGAAUCAUCAGUCAUAGAAGAAGACGUGAAUGUGUUAUCAUCUAAUAAAGCAGUCGUCAUUAAAAGUAAUAAGGAUACAAAUCAGGAGUUAAUCAUAAAAGAAGAAGAGAAACCAGAAAAACAGGAGCCUAAAUCUACUUUAAAUACUGAUACAGCAACAACGUCUAAAGACUUGAAAAAUAAUAAAAAGAAAAUAAAUUUAAUUUCAAAGUUAUUUAAACAAAAAAAGCAGGCAAAUCAUGAAAUCUCUGAUUCAAUAUCUGCUUCCAAUAAUGAAUCAACGAAAAAGAAAAAGUCCAAAUCUUGGAAAAUUUGGAAAAAAAGAUGCUGAUUUCUACGUGAACAAUAAAUGAUAAAAGCAGAGAGACCAGCUUUUUUUUUAUAUAAAUAUUUAAUAAUAGCAAAAUCUAUAAAUAUGUACUUGAAACGUAAUAAUAUAAAAAGCGCUUUUUUUUUUAUAUAUGAAUAUACACAAAUAUGUAUAUUUUUAUUAUUGAACAACAGCCACAGCUAUAAUUGAAAGCAGUAAUAGAAACAAUAAAUUAAGAUUUGCC